AUGCCAAGAACUAGAUCCCAGAGGAAUGCCGAUGGUUCCAAGGGGAACGAGGGAAGCAGCCCCCAGCACCCCUCACGAGGACCGACUCUUGGAGAUGGAGGCGUGGGGCUCUCGCAAAUUCCGCCGGAGCAGUUGGUUCAGACGGUGGCAGGGAACCUACCAACUUUUGAGGCCAUUGUGAAUUACCUCAAGGGGCAGGCAGUAGGCCAGCUCGGCCAGGGGCCCAAGAGCCAGGAGGGUAGGCCGUCCGAAUCUAGGACGGGGAGCCCUAGCCCUCGACCUAAAAGGGAACGCUGGGAGCUCACACGAGACCAGGUGGACGUCGUGGAACCUUCCCACAAGCACUCCAGAACCGAGCACCCGGAGCCCUUCCGGAGAUGUUCUAAGGAGGGGCUCUCACCACGGAAGGAGCAGCUCCUGGUGCAGGACGAGCUGGACCUGCUUUUAGACCCCGAGGCGGAUAGGUAUAUCGCCUCCCCUUUCGUCCCUGACAUCGAGGAUUACCCGCUGCCGGCAAAGUUCAAAAUACCAAGCAUGAAGUCUUAUGAUGCGACCACGGACCCGGAGGAUCAUUUGUUCGCUUUCAUGACCCAAAUGCGCCUGCAAACUGCUGCAGAUGCGGUCAGGUGCAAGACCUUUCCAAUGUUUUUGGAGGGUAAGACGCGUCAGUGGUUUCAGGGGCUUCCCCCCAGGUCCAUCCGGUCCUUUGCCCAGCUCGCGCGACUCUUUGCGGCCCAGUUCGUUUCGUCACGGGCCUUCUUCAAGAGUACUGCUCACCUGAUGACCAUCCAGCAGAAGCCAGAGGAGUCCCUGCGCGAGUACAUGGUGCGCUGCAAUAACGAAUCCCUUCAGGUUCGAGAUCGGGAUGACAAGGUGGUUAUGGCUGCCUUCAUUAACGGGCUGCGCAAGCAAAAGCUUUACACCGAGCUCGUGGAGAGACCCCCCAAGUCAGCUCGGGAAAUGCUAGACCGAGCUCAUGAGAAGGCUAACGCAGAGGAGGCCAAUCGCCUUAAGAGUGCACAGGAAAGACUGAGGGAUGACAAGCGCAGACGAGGCGCCGACCAGGUGGAUGCUCGGCCUAGCCAGGGAAGGAAGAGCGCUUAUGAUCGCCUCCCCAGGAGCCGCCCAAUCGGAGGAGACAAGCCCUGGACUACCCUCACCGCACCUCGAGCUCGGGUGCUCGCAGUUAUGGAACAGGAGGGGCUCUCCCGACCUCCCCGACCUUUGGGUGGGGACAAAAGUAGACGGGACCAAGGGCUGUUCUGCGCUUAUCAUCGAGAGGUGGGGCAUGACACGGAGGACUGCCGUCACCUCAAGAAAGACAUUGAGAAACUAAUCAAACGAGGUCACCUCGGGCAGUUCAUACGAGAGGACCGAGCUGACCAGCAACGAGGGAGGCCCAGGUCGGAACGACCAAGCUACCUCCGGGACCGACCUCAGGGGCCUCAUGGUCGAGCUCCUAAGCAGGAGACACAGAAUCUGGCAGGGGUGAUUAAUACUAUUGCCGGAGGACCGGCCGGCGGGGAUAGUCAUACAGCUCGGCGGCACAAUCGACCUCCCCCCACGGGGGAGAGCUCGACCAAGCGGUUGAAUAUGUAUGAGAAAAUUAUCUACGGACCUGAGGACGCAUUCCCUCUGGCCUCCAACAAUCAUGAGGCUAUUGUGAUAGAGGUCAUCACCUGUAAUUACAAGGUGAAAAAGGUAUACAUAGACAACGGGAGUGCUAUAGACGUGCUGUAUUACAAGACUUUUAAGGAGUUCCAGCUGGAGGAUAGACAGCUGGUCCCGGUUCGGACUCCAUUGAUCGGGUUUGCAGGUCCUCCCGUGAGGCCGGAAGGAAUGAUCACUCUCAUGGUUACGGUGGGAGUAUCCCCGAAGUGCCGAACUAUUCCGGUAAACUUCGCGGUGGUUAAGGAGCCGUCGUCGUACAAUAUGAUUUUGGGACGGCCCACACUGAAUGCCCUCCGAACUGUUUGCUCCACGUUGCACCUCAGCAUGAAGUUUCCUACUCCUGAGGGGGUGGCUGAGGUGCUCGGGGAUCCAGAGGUGACCAGGGCAUGCUACAUUGCCACCCUCAAGGGCAAAGAAAAAUUGGUAGCUCAAACGGUCGGCGCCAACCUCGGCGAGCUGGUCAGGAGCUCUCUCGAGUCUCUUUUGGAGGAAUAUGCGGAGAUUUUUGCGUGGAGUGCUGAUGACAUGCCAGGAAUCCCCACCGAACUGGUAGUCCACAGGCUACAAGUGGAUCCCAACGUCGGACCUGUGAAACAAAAAAAGAGGAACUUUGCUCCUGAGCGGAAGGAGGUCGUCAAAGGCGAAGUGGGUAAGCUGCUGGAGGCUAAGAUUGUCAAGAAAGUCUACUACCCGACCUGGCUGGCCAAUCCGGUACUGGUCAAGAAGGAGGAGAAAGCUUGGAGGAUGUGUGUGGAUUUCACCGAUUUAAAUAAGGCUUGCCCGAAGGAUUGUUAUCCACUUCCACGGAUUGACCAGCUCGUAGACUCGACAGCUGGCUAUGAGAUCUUCUGUUUCUUGGACGCUUUCAAGGGGUACCAUCGGAUAGUUCUGGACGAGGAGGAUCAGGAGAAGACCUCGUUUAUCACCGAGGACGGAACAUAUUGUUACGUUACUAUGCCAUUCGGGCUAAAGAACGCAGGGGCGACCUAUCAGAGGUUGGUAAACAAGUUGUUUAAGAAUCAGAUCGGUCGAAACCUGGAGGUCUAUGUGGACGAUAUGCUGGUGAAAAGUCGAACUCAGGAGCAGUUCAUCUCUGACUUGAGAGAAGUUUUUGAGAUUCUCCGGAGCUCACGAAUACGGCUAAACCCCAAGAAGUGUACCUUUGGGGUCAGGUCGGGGAAAUUCCUGGGUUACAUGAUUUCUAAAGAAGGGGUGAGAGCUAAUCCAGACAAGAUCAAGGCUAUCAUGGACAUGGCUCCACCCCGGAAUAUUAAGGAGGUACAACGUCUAACAGGGAGGAUGGCAGCCUUGAACAGGUUCUUGUCCAAAUCGGCAGUUCGGGAGUCGCCUUUCUUCAAGGCCUUGAAAGGAGGUCGGCAGUUCGAGUGGAGCCCAGAGUGCCAGAAGGCGUUCGAUGAACUAAAGGAACACCUCACUCGGUUGCCAGCCUUGACCUCUCCCGAGUUAGGGGAGAUUCUGUUCCUCUACUUAGCUGUGGAAGAAGGGGCCAUUAGCGCUGUGCUGGUACGGGUGGAGAACAAAGUACAGAAACCAGUAUAUUAUGUCAGCCGUGCCCUGCAAGGGGCCGAGUCAAGAUAUUCGGCGGUGGAGCGAUAUGAUUUGGCAUUAGUACACGCAGUUCGGAAGCUCAGGACGUACUUCCAAGCCCAUCCCGUGGUGGUCACGACGGACCAACCCCUGAAGCAGAUCCUUUCCAAACCUGAGUCCUCAGGUCGAAUGGUGAAGUGGGCUGUGGAGUUGUCAGAGUAUGACCUAGGAUAUCAGCCCCGGACGGCCAUCAAAGCCCAAGCACUGGCAGACUUCAUAGCGGAUGGUGUCUCUUUUGGGUCGCCCGAAACGGAGGACGGUCAGACCAAGGACGUACAGAUCGGGAAGGGCGGAGAAGCUAAAGACGCGCCUAUUAGGCAGGCGGCCAAACCCUUGCAGACCCCAAAAAUUACCAAGGCCACCCAGGCUCAAGAAGGAGCAGAGGUCUUACAGGCUGGGGACGCUGCCGAGGUCGCUAAGGUCAUCCAGGUAACAGGGGUUGGUCAGCCCAAAGAGGCAGUUGAGGCCGAGCUGGCCGAGGAAACUGCCGAGGGUAGGCAGGCCAGAGAAGCAGCAGAGGCUAAACAUACCCAAGAAACUGCCAAGGUCAGACAGGCCAAAGAGGCAGCGAAGGUCGAACAGGCAUUAGACGCUGCUGAGGCCAAGCAUGCUGGAGAAUCAGUCAAGGCUGGACUGCCAGAGAGACUGCCCAGGCCGGGAGGGUUGCUGAGGCUGUGGGACGAGUUGAUCCCUUUUGGACGUUGUACGUGGAUGGCGCGUCAAGCAAAGAAGGAAUUACCUCCUAAUCAGCCCCACUGGGGAGGAAUUACCCUAUGCACUAAGGUUCGAUUUUAG